UGUUAAUAAUGGCCAUUUGUUUAAAUUUUCAGAAUGAAAUAAAAACUAAAAAUGGGAGCUGUGGAGAAUAGGAUUUCACAGUUUUUGGCAGAUCAGAUCAGUCUAGAUGCUGUUGAAGUUGGGUUUAAUUUUUUUCUCACGCAUAGAGCUGAUCUAAAUAAAGCUAAUCAGGAAAAUGCUGCGGCUGAAUUCAUCAAUAUUCUAGAGAAGGAGACUCCUGCUUUGCUGGAUACUACUGUCAAAUAUUAUGUUGCUCAGGUUGGACUACUGAACUCUCAAAGGAAGAUAACUCUUCUCCUGAACUAUCUACUGGAAGCUGUCAAUAAACAUGUGGUUACAGCUCGUCUUGCUUGUGAUUCAGUGUUGAGUUGUGAGAACCUAAAUUAUGAAAAUCCGGCUCUAUGGAAUCCAGCAUUUAAACUCAUUCGACAGGUUGUAGGAGGAGUAGAUUACAAGGGUGUCCGUGAGAUCAUGAAGAACUGUAUAGAGAAAGCACAAAACCUACCAGCAGACCUUGAUCUAUCCAUUCGACCUCAGGUUGCAGCGCUGACCAGCGUACUAGAAUAUAUAUUUGACCGGAAUGCUGCUUUACUACCUGGAUAUUUCAUUGUAAAUGAAAUUCUCAAGAGCUAUCCUGAAACCUCAAGCUGGCCGCACUGGACCCUGGUUCCCCUAGUGGCAAAGUUCCUGGAUUCUUUCCGCCCGGCCGCCGCCAUUGUUUCCUGCACAAACUUGCCGCGUCUCAUUCCCAUUGUUGAGUACAUGGGACGGGCAAAUGUAAUGUCGUCUUGGAAACUGGAACCUACAUCACUCAAAUUCUUGCUUAAGGGAAUCACUACAUACGACCGGAUUCUGCCGUACAAUAAGGAUCUUGUAAAACCUCAACCCCACUUCCUCAGGUACCUGCUGACCCAGAUGUACAGUAAGGACCUGAUAAACCACGUGUUGAGUUUAAAGAAGCCGACCAAAGAGGUUCCAACGCCUGGAAUAUGUUUCCCGCUGCAGCGGCAGCUGGUCAUCUCACUCCUUGAGCUCAUGCGCAUGGCGGAACAGGAGGUUCAGCAGGCGGCCCUGUUGAACGAUUUGUUCAUGAACCAGGCCACGGAUCUCAUCUUUUUCGUGCUCUACCAGUACAUCUCCUUCCCGACAAUCAUUACAGAACUCUCAGAGGGGAUUCAGGCUGAGGGACUAUCUAAGGGUAGGGAUAAGCUGAUGUGGGUACUCCUCCAGUUUAUCUCCGGAUCUAUUCAGAAAAAUCCAUUCUCAGACUUCAUGGGGGUUCUUAAACUAUAUAGGAUGUAUGAUGAAACUGAACCACUUCCUGUACCUGAUAUCCAGGAAACAACAAAAGAGUACCUUGAAACUGCUGCUAGAGCUCCAUGCAGUCUUGAACCUGUAUCUCCGACCUUCCUGGUUCCUCUUCUCUGCAAUACCUUCUCAACUACCACUGAUCUAUUCCAGUUCAUUAACGCGCAUAUUUCUAUGUUUGAAAUGUAUCUAGGUGUUGAUGUGAGUGCAGGUUUACCCAUCCAGCCGCUAGCCAUGCAGAUCCUGGAUAGUUUGUCCGUUCACAGCAAGAUGUCUCUACUGCAUCAUAUUGUUACUCAUAUUCUCAAACUGGCUGGUGCUAAGUCUGUAACCUGUAUAUCUCCUGGUAUGGUUGAGACGUAUACCCGUCUCCUUGUCUACUCUGAGCUGGAGUCCCUGGGUAUUAAAGGAUUCAUGAGCCAACUCCUUCCCAAGGUUUUUGGUUUGCAAGCUUGGUCUUUUUUGUAUACUCUACUAGAGAUAUUCAGCUAUAGGGUUCAUCACGUACAGGCUCACUAUAGAUUAAAUCUACUGACCAGUUUGCACAGUAUGUCCAACCAUGCUCCCAACCAGGCACAGCUGAAUCUUAUGCUGGAGAGCUCUGCGCUCAGGUUAGAUAUUAAAUAUAUUGCGGCAUUAUAUCUCACUUGUGCUUCUACAGAGCGCAGUAAUAGUAAACCAGUAUAUCCUCUACAUGGAGAAUCAGAGGAAUUAAAUAGAAUGGUGAUUUUAACGCUGGCUCGAACUAUCCAUAUUGGUGGACUGGAGAGCAAUGGAUCAAGUUGGUUAAGGGAGGUGGUGGGAGGGAUUAUGCAGAGUACUCCACACUCCUGGCCCUCUCACACUCAGAAGUACUUUCCGCAGCCUUUGAUUGAGUUGAUGAAUGAGUAUCCCUCCAUGAAAGAGCAGAGUGCCCAGCUUAAGAAGAAUGUGGAUGAAGAUUGGAGUUAUUGGAACUCCCUGUCCGGAGAUACUGAUAAAAUUAAUCAUUUUACACAACAGGGUGUGACACCGACAUUCCUCUGUCUGAUUUGGAAAAUGAUUUUUGAGUCUGAAGAUUCAACUGGAAUAGCUCCGGUCGCCUACAAGGUAUUGGAGAGAAUUGGGGCCAAGCAGUUGACCGCUCAUCUUAGAACAUUCUGUGAUUAUCUUGUUAUAGAAUUCAGUAAAUCAGCUGGUGGGGGUCACGUGACUAAAUCUAUAGAUGCAACCAACGCCAUGAUCUGGAAACAUAACAUCAUAACACUGGACAGCCUGCUGAAACCGAAUGAGUUCAGACUGCGCGUAAAUGAAUUUUGCCGCGCCAUGAAUCCUGAUCAUCAUUUACAACAGGACUGGCAUGAGAAGCAUAUGGAGUUCCACAACAAGUUUCCGGAGAAGUUUUCUCCAGAUUCCCCGGACUCACCAGAUAUAGAGGCUAAGCGAACUCCAUCUCUCCCAAUCUAUUACGGAAAUGUGUGUCUUCGUUUCAUUCCAGUAUUUGACGUUGUUGUACACCGAUUUAUCGAACUGGUUCCGGUUCAGAAAUCAUUGGAGACCAUGUUUGGACACCUAGGAUGUCUGUACAAGUUCCAUGAUAAACCUAUCACCUAUCUGUACAACACACUGCACUACUAUGAGAUAAGCCUGAGAUCUCGUCCCUUGCUAAGGCGUUUGAUUGUUUCCCUGAUUGAUCAAGCCUUGAAGGAUGUGAGACCUACAAACUGGGCCUUUACUCCGGAUAUCUGUGAGUCCUAUAUAACAAUGGAAAAUAUAGAUGAGUCCUGGACGCCUGGUACAGAUUAUUUCUACAAUAUAGUUGGUCGGAUGGUUGGUGCCGUGGACUCGACUGUACUCGUGUUCCCGCACAUGGACUGGAGAUUCAACGAGUUCCCAAAUGAGGGAACACAUGGUAUGUAUGUGACCUGUGUGGAGUUGAUGGUUCUACCCAUAGAACCUCAUAUUGUUGGAGAAAAGCUGGUUGAUGUGAUUAUGCAAAACCAAUCUCAUAUCCCUGUAGAGAAACUACCUGACUGGAUAAAUGCUGUCGGGAUUCUUCUCUCAAACCUUCCUCAUGUUUAUUGGAUCGGACUUCAUAACAGGAUAGAGCAGAUGUUGCGCUCCGACCUGUUGACAAAUUGGUCCUCAGACCUCACUCCAACACAAGUAUUUGAUUUCAAUUCAGCUCAGAGUCUGAAUACCAACACAUCACUACCGCAUUUAUUAGCUGUAGUUCAUUCUACAUGGCAUCAUGCCGGAUUCAACCAGUUGUGUGGAAUACUAGAACUAGUUAAGGAUCGACUCAUCCCUAUCAUCACUACUGAGGAACAAAUGCUGUAUCUUCUUCAUAUGGUUGGCCCGUUCCUGCAGCGCCUGCACACAGACCGAUUCAUGAGAGUUCUAUUUGAUCUGACAAUUCAGCUGUACGAGGUUAUCCUGAGAGUGGACAACAGUGUACAUCAUCUAAAGUACAUGGAUGCAGUUUGUGAUCUGCUCUACCACAUCAAGUAUCAGUUUACUGGGGAUAGUGUUAAAGCUGAUGCUGAGAGAAUAUUAAAACAGCUCCGUCCAGCUCUGCAGCUCCGCCUCAGGUUUAUUGCCCAAGUACCGAUCAAGACAGAAUAAAUCAUGAGGAAGAAA